AUGAAAGAUCAAAGUUCGACAAAGGGGAAUGAUGCACUUAAUAAUUCUAACUCACUAAAUGAUGAGACUAACCGCCCAUUAGAGAGGAGAAUUUUUAAAGUUAAUUAUGGAUUUUUAUGCUUCUUUGCAAUGAUAGCUGGUAUGGGAAUAUUCUAGCUUGGGUAUGUACUUACAGCCAACAAUCAAGUUUCUCCAAUCCUUGAUAUAUAAUUUAAUUUGACUGAUAAAUCUGAUAAAAAUUUCUAUCAUACUAUGAUUGGAUCUUCUGCUGUGCUAGGAGCUACCAUAGGUUCAUUUAGUGCAGGCAAAAUUAUUCAGAUUGGGAGAAGACGCAGCAUUAUUAUCUUUAAUUUUAUUGGAGCAGUAGCUGUGUUUGGUACACUAAUUUUAAACUUUUACACUAUAUGUGCUGGCAGAUUAGUGCUUGGAUUUUGUGGAGGUUUAUUUUCAGUGGCUCUAUCAAGAAUGAUAGAUGAAACCAUUCCACAAAAUUUACUUGGAACGUUUGGAGUCGUGACUAAUUUAUCUAUGAAUGCUGGUAAUAUGUUCUCAAUAUUAAUGGGUGCUGGCUUGCCAGAUCAAGAAGAUACAAAAGCAAGUGAGGAUAGUAAUUUUUGGAGAAUUAUAUUUGGAUUUCCAUGGGUAUUUCAAAUUAUAUAAGUAUCAGCUUUUCUAUUCAUAGUGAGAUAUGAGUCUAUAAAAUUCCUGAUUGAUCAUAAGAGAGACAAUUAGGCAUUGAAGGCUAUACAGUAAGUUUAUCAUAGUUCUGAAAAUCCCCAAGAGAUACUAGACUAUAUUAGAAGGACAGGCUAAAAACCUUCAUCAAAUAAGAUAUCAAUGUGUAAGGCUUUGACCGGUUAAAAUUUCUGGAGAGCUACUUGGUUCUGCAUACUAUUCGGCAUUUUACUAUAGCUCACAGGUAUAAAUGCAAUAAUUUGGUACUCAAAUAAUAUUCUUUAAAAAAUCUAAGAUGACUCAGGUCAUGGUAUAAGCCCUAGACUCGGAACAAUUUUAAUUGGUGUUACAAACUUCAUAGGUUCUAUAAUAUCUAUCUUUGUUGUGAGAAGAUUUGGAAGAAAAACUUUAAUGGUAUCUGGAAACCUAGUCAUGGCUUUAUUGCUCUUUCUAGUUGGUCUAUUUUCAUUUCUUAAAUUCAAUAAUGUGAUGCUGAUCAUGAUUUUGUUAUUCUUACUAAUUUUCUAAUAAAGUGAUGGCCCAAUAUUCUAUAUGUAUGCUUCUGAAAUCACUCAAGACACAGGCCUUGGAUUCGCAUUUUUAUCUUUGAAAGGUAGUGGAUUGAUAAUAUCGCUAACAACAGAGUAUUUGAUGGACUCAGUCCUCUAACCUAGUGGAGCAUUCUUGCUUUUUGCUUGUAUAACUCUAGCUGGUGCAAUAUUCUUUAUUUUCGCAAUGAAGGAGACUAAGCACUUAACUGAUAAGGAAAAGAAAGAUUUAUAUAAGACGAGGUUUAAGGAAUUAGAAGAUAUUUAAUUUGAAGAGGAUAUAAUAGAGAGUGAUCUAAAUAUUAAUAGAUAAUAAUGA